CAAACAGUUAAAUCUUAAAAAAGUACUCUGUGUUUACACACAAUACAAUACCGACAAAUGUGACGCUUCUGACAUAGUUUCUCUAAUCUGUGGUGACGCUUGCAAAUCUGUAAACAUUGUGGAGAAAUGGCUUCAGGACUAGAAAAUUAUGUGAACCAAACUGUUUCAGUGAUAACCUCAGAUGGCCGAAACUUCAUCGGUACAUUAAAGGGAUUUGAUCAAACAAUUAACAUUAUUUUGGACGAAUCACACGAGAGAGUGUUUUCUUCAUCAACUGGAGUGGCACAAGUGGUACUAGGACUUCACAUAAUUAGAGGAGAUAAUAUAGCAGUUGUAGGUCAAAUAGAUGAAUCAAUAGAUAGCAGACUCGAUCUCGGCAACAUUAAAGCUGAGCCUUUAGGACCUAUUGUACAUUGAUAUUUAUUUCAUAAGUACCUAAUAAUAAAUAGAGUAUGUUUUUAA